AACAAACGUGGCCUGCUGUCUGCCCUAUUUGGUACCGGUGUUGAGCCAACAACGAACCCAACCAAUCCGGCGGAGGUGUUACCCGUGUAUGGUGACCCAGCGAAACCUCCACUUCACAUGCUUUACGGCCAUUCGACGGGACUUCAAGGACCUGCACCCUAUCCGGUUGUGUUCCUGCCCGGAGCGCUAUCUCUCGGCCAACAGAGUCCCUAUCUACCGCUGCUGACGUACCCUGGAGCACCUGUUCCAGCGACCGGUGAUGGCAACUAUUUCCUGCAACCUCCCAUGGGUACGUUCCCUCCAUUGGCGCCUACGACCGCAACACCUCUGGAGGUAUCAACAUCCGCACCAACGACAAGUGUCCCCAAAAAGGACACCACAACCCAGUCGACGGACCCGUCACUAGCGAAAUCGGCCUACUUGAUGAAGCUGAACCUGUCUCCAGCAGAGGAGGCCGAGUUGAAGCGUCUAGCGAAGAUGCUUGGUGUGACGGACUUUGAGCAUUUGCCACCUUUUGAGGAUGUCCAGGCUUUGUUGGGAACGACGACUUCCGCGGAGACCAUCAAGGCUAUCAAGGAGUAUGCCGCCACACCUGACGGUCUCGAACUCAUUAAGGACUAUGUGAUGAGCUAUCAACCAGCGAAACGCGUCAGCCUGGGCAAAGAACCGUACGAGGCUACGUCUACGGAGCAAACGGCGUCGACUCCGGCCGCUCCAAGUGGCUUUUUAGCUCACCUGCGUCGAUUGAAGUCACUGCUCACGUUCGGGUACUUCGAUGCAAGCGAGGCUGCGCCCUCUGGUGUAUCGGAAGUGAACGACGUCGCAACGCCCGUAGAACCCAGUGAGGCUCCGUUUGUGGUGAACGAAUACCCAUCGUUCGAGAUGCGUGAUACCGUACGUGGAUCGCCGAUUCCGGUGGCUCACUAUCUUAUUCCAGUUCGAACGUUACCACGACACAUGACGCCUACGGAUCUGAAGUACGCAUCAGCUCUACCGUUCCCGUACGCCAUGCAUUAUCCGACCGUAGUGCCUCAGGAUCCAAACCCUUUCAGUUUGAGCCAACCUGCGCCUGAAGUGCCGCUGGUUGUCAGUGCUCCGGUUGAGGUUAGUGCGCCUGUGGAGUUGGCACCUGCGGCUCCAUUAGCUACCGGAGAAGUGCACACGUUCGAGCGGGUGGACAUUGAUCAACCAGUUCGAACUACGACGCCUGCGGGAGUACUUCCCCCGGACAGUGUCCUGGAGGUUCGUAACCCAGCAUCUCUGCUAGAGGAGCUCGCUGGACUGGAAGAGGACACCACGGCGUUCGUACUGAACGUUCUCGAUGUCGAAGACCAACCAGAGUAG